CAGUCUAUCGACGUUUCCUGGCGCGAGGUUAAUUAGUGUAAACUGACGAAGGGUUGUUGCGGAUGGAAAUUCAUCCAAAAUUUACCAGAUUAUUUUCCUUUUACAGUCUGGGACGUGUGUGUCACCACUGAUUGGAGAUGACUGGACGUUGCUUCGGCUGCGCGGCUAAAUUCACUCUGCUGAAAAAAGAGCUUGCAUGCAAGAACUGUGGCUAUGCGUAUUGUUCAUCUUGCCUCGGUUACAGUGCCUUUGUCCCCUGUGGUGGGCAUACACAGCAAAAGGUCUGCAGGCAAUGUCAUGGAGCACUCACAAGCAACAAAAAGCAGGACAAUACUGCAAGAUGGUCUCCACCAGAAAACUACAAAAAGCGAGUAGCUGCUUUGGAAGCCAAACAGCAAGGUCAAACAGCAGUCAAGAAAGCGGGGUGUCAGGCGCCCAGCGUUGGCAUGAAGUUUAAGCACUGGGGUCUUUCAAAAGAGGAUCAAGCCAUUGCUGAACGACUGGAGAAGCUGAAGGAAGAAACCAAACCAAAACAUGUAGCCUCUCAGAAAGAGAUCGAGUUUCGGCUAGCUGCACUGAAGAAGGAACCUCAGCGACCCGUACCUUCCACCAGGGAAAUGGAGGACAGGCUAGCCCUGUUAAAGGGACAGACCCCACCGUCACAGAUCCCUAAACCUAAUCACCCAGCUCCCGAUAGCAGGACACAAACAGAACAAGUCAGCGACCUUCUCGAGCAGAUGUCAGAAGAGGCAGCUAUAGAUGCAAAAUAUAGCUCUGGUGUUAAAAAUAAUGAAAUGAAUGACCUGAAUAAAGGAAUCGAUCCACAGAAUUUCUACUGUCCUUCCAACAAAAACAUCAAUCUUGAGGAGGAGAAGGAUUAUCUUCUGAACCAAGCAACAGCUGAACUGAAACAGGACAACUUGCAUCAGGAGCAUUUCUUAAAGAUUACUAGGAGACUUGCCGUGCUCAAAGGAGAGGAUCCAAAUUCGGUACCAGUGGAUGACUGGAAGUAUACUGGGGUGGAAAGCGAUGAAGAAAAUGAAGAAAUGUUAACCCAGCGAAUUUUGAAACAGGUAAAUGAAGAAAUUGCCCUAGAUCAAAGAAGUGGUUACAACAUUCCUGUAGAGCAACCCAAGACAGUGCAGCCAAUUCCUGUUGGGAGAAAGCAACGACAUAUUUCUCCCAGUCCAGCUAUGACUGAGACACCAGACAGUGAUGAUGAGCUGCCUUGGUGUUCCAUCUGCAAUAAUGAUGCUGUCCUCCGUUGCCAUGACUGUGAUGGAGACCUCUACUGUCACAGAUGCUUUAGGGAAGGACAUGACAAGUUUGAGCGGAAAGAACACAGAACAUCCAAGUACAGUCAACCAAUGAAGAAGAAAUAAUAAGAAGGGAUCUACACACAGCAGAGCCUGUCACAAUCUGACACUAUGGAAAUUGGUCAUGACAUCAGCAAUUCCACAGAUCCCUUAUCUAAUUAACAAGUGCGAUAGGAAAAGCUGUAUUGAUUCUCAUUCAUGCAAAGCCUUUCUGUUAUUACAAGGCUGUUCAGUGUUGUAACAGCAGCUCCUAUGCAUUAUGAAGUGUCAUCACUACAUUAUCCACUGCAGGGAGCACCUGCUUUUAAAAGCUUUGCAUAUUAAGGGAUUAGAGAAGUUGCAUUUUCAAACACUAUAAGUUAACUUUGCAAGUGUCCAACAUUGUAAUAAAAGGUCUAUAAGAUGGGAUGUAAAUUAUUAUUUCCUCUAAUUCCUUAUUUAAUUGGGUGUUUAUUUUGAAUUAUAAUUUAUCUCACUUGUGUUAAGAUUUUUACUGCUCUGCUGUCGGUAUUUCAUUUCGGCAGUUCAGUAGGAGCAGUUUGUUCUGCUUUCAGACUGUUUUGGUUUGAGCUGAGAUAAGGGGCUCUGUUGUUCAUCUUCAGAAUGUGGUGUCAGCCAGUCUUGGUGGAAUUGGGAGAAUGUUGUAGAGAACGCUGAGCAGAGGUUUUUGUGAGGGACAUUGGUGUGGGUUGAAGUCUUUGUUGACGGGAGCUGGGAGAAGACAGGAAGGAUGGCUGAGGAAUCCAUCCAUGUUGCACAAGAUGACUUGUGCAGAUGAAUGGCUUCAAGGAGGAAGGACCAGUACUCCUGUGGGAAAGCCUUUCGAGUGACAUUCGGAAGAUGCCUUGUGUACAUUGAAAACAACGGCUUCUGGAAGAUUUGAGCUCCACCGUGCACAUGUGAUGGGCCCCUUUUGUGUUUUUUUUUUUCAUUUCCUUUAAUAACUGGUUGCUUAAGUUAACAUUCUUAAAUAUACUUCUUUAUAAAUGUA